UUAUGGUAGUCUAGACUUCAGAUUCUGAUCUCUUUCCAUAGGAGGCUGUGCAAGUCUGGGAACUGGUUGUUCAUCUGGUAUUAGAUGUCUCUUCACUGUUUGGAAAAGUGCUUUACCAUGCAAAUCUCUUGCUGCCAAUAAGUCAGUAGUUAGCAGGAUGAGUUUUACUCUGAGUGGUAUUUGAAUGCUUGCAUCAGCAUUGAGCUGAUGUCUGUUCACUUUGCCAACCCAAAUUCCAGUCCAGGUCUUCACGUAAUGCAAAUCAGAUUAUUGAAAUCCAGGAUAUAUGCUCAUCUGGAACAUCCUGUCAAGAUGUACUCAGGGAUCUAAUCUUAACAACAAAUUUAGUUUAAAAUAGUAGUAUUGUUCCUUUUCCAUAAUGCCUUGUUCCCAUUUUCCUCUCAAAUUAACAGUCAAGCUGAACAGAUUCUUACCUAGGUAACUCUGUGAAAAGUAGUAUAGUGAGUGGCUGUGAUAGUUCUGCAAAGUCAAGCAAUUUAAAUUAAUUAACUAUUGCCUACCUUUUUUCAGAUCUAACAAUAAGAUGUCAACAGGAAGGGUACGAACAAAGAAAAAGGCAUGUUCUUCAGAUCACUCUCCAGACAACCUUCCUGUGAGGAGUUCUGGAAGACAGGUGAAGAAGAAAGCAGCUGAAGCAGCAGAUGAUGAUGAUGAAGCGUCAGAGAAGAAAUAUAGAAAAUGUGAAAAAGCUGGAUGCACUGCAACAUGUCCUGUUUGCUUUGCCAGUGCAGCAGAAAGAUGUGCAAAAAAUGGGUAUACGUCUAGAUGGUAUCAUCUGUCCUGUGGGGAACACUUCUGCAAUGAAUGUUUUGACCACUAUUACCGAAGCCAUAAAGAUGGCUAUGAGAAAUACACUGCCUGGAAAAGGAUUUGGACAAGCAAUGGUAAAAGUGAGCCCAGUCCAAAAGCUUUUAUGGCUGAUCAACAGCUUCCUUACUGGGUGCAGUGCACAAAACCAGAAUGUGGUAAAUGGCGUCAGCUGACAAAGGAAAUCCAGCUGACACCACAAAUAGCAAAAACCUACAGAUGUGGCAUGAAACUGAACAAUUCCACCAAGACUGAGGGCUCAGACCAGUGUUCCAUGCCUGAGGACUUGAGAGUGGCUGAAGUUUCAGACCAUUGGUGGUACUCCAUGCUCAUACUCCCUCCUUUGCUGAAAGACAGUGUGGCAGCUCCCUUUCUAGCUGCAUAUUAUCCAGACUGCGUGGGCAUGAGUCCAUCCUGUACCAGCACUAAUCGGUUACCUGGUGAAUCCAACCUUGUGAAGUUAGAGCACCUAAAGAGCGUGCCUAAUGUGACUGUUGCAGGCAUGAACAAGUAUUUCCAGCCUUUUUACCAGCCCAAUGAAUGUGGGAAAGCACUUUGUGUGAGGCCAGAUGUCAUGGAAUUGGAUGAGCUCUAUGAGUUCCCAGAAUAUUCACGAGACCCUACCAUGUACCUGGCAUUGAGAAACUUGAUUUUGGCUUUGUGGUACACAAACUGCAAGGAGGCUCUCACCCCUCAAAAAUGUAUCCAUCAUAUAAUUGUUCGGGGGCUUGUGCGGAUUCGCUGUGUACAGGAAAUGGAGAGGAUCCUGUAUUUUAUGACAAGGAAAGGGCUAAUUAAUACAGGGAUUUUGUCAGUCAGUCCUGACCAGUACCUUCUUCCUAAGGAAUACCACAAUAGAUCUGUCAUUAUUGUUGGGGCUGGUGCAGCAGGAUUAGCAGCAGCCCGACAACUGCACAACUUUGGAAUUAAGCUUGGCAUUAAAAUGCACAAACUAGGGGAGAAAUGUGACUUGAUCCAGGAAGGUGGAAGGAUAACAGAUCCCACUAUUGAUAAACGUAUGGACUUCCAUUUCAAUGCCAUCCUAGAUGUUGUCUCUGAGUGGAGAAAAGAUAAAACCCAACAUCAAGAUGUUCCUCUUGGUGAAAAAAUACAAGAAAUCUAUAAAGCCUUUAUUCAGGAGUCUGGUAUCCAGUUCAGUGAGCUGGAAGAAAAAGUACUACAGUUCCAUCUCAGUAAUUUGGAAUAUGCCUGCGGCAGCAAUCUCUCUCAGGUAUCUGCACGCUCAUGGGACCACAAUGAAUUUUUUGCCCAGUUUGCUGGAGAUCACACUCUUCUAACUGUGGGAUAUUCAACUGUGAUUGAUAAGUUGGCAGAAGGGCUGGACAUCCGGCUGAAUUUCCCAGUUCAGAGUAUUGACUAUUCUGGUGAAGAAGUGCAGAUCACUACUGCAGAUGGAACAGUGUGGACAACACAAAAGGUAUUAGUGACUGUACCACUGGCCCUUCUUCAGAAAAAUGCCAUUCAGUUUAAUCCUCCACUAUCAGAAAAAAAAAUUAAAGCCAUUAAUAGUUUGGGAGCAGGAGUCAUUGAGAAAAUUGCCUUGCAGUUUCCAUAUAGAUUUUGGGACAGUAAAAUUCAAGGAGCUGAUUUUUUUGGUCAUGUUCCACCCAAUUCCACCCUACGUGGGCUCUUUAGUGUCUUCUAUGACAUGGAUCCAGAGGGCAAAGAAAGCAUUUUAAUGUCAGUGGUCACCGGAGAUGCUGUGACAACCAUUAAGAAUUUAGAUGAUCAACAAGUACUGCAACAGUGUAUGACUGUACUCCGUGAGCUGUUUAAGGAGCAGGAGGUUCCUGACCCAGUGAAGUUUUUUGUUACUCGAUGGAGCAAUGACCCUUGGCUGCAGAUGGCGUACAGCUUUGUGAAAACAGGGGGCAGCGGUGAAGCUUAUGACAUGAUAGCUGAAGAUAUACAAGGAAAAGUUUUUUUUGCUGGUGAGGCCACAAAUAGGCACUUUCCUCAGACCGUUACAGGAGCUUAUUUGAGUGGGGUUCGAGAAGCCAGCAAAAUAGCAGCAUUUUAAGUACCAAAAUUUUGUGUUUAUAGAUAUAUUUUUAAUUGAUUUCUGUGGGUAAAACUAUUUUCAAGUUUCCUAUUGCUGCCUUUUUCCUACGUGUUACUUGAAUAGUAUAUGGUACCUGAAGAUAAAGUCUUCAUCUUCCUUUUCCUCUUUCUCCCCCACCCCAUUUUUAGGCCCUGAUGAUACAUAUUGUUGGGGGCUUUUUUCCAGCUAAGGUAUUGCUAGCAGGAGUGACAUUGGAAUCAUCGGCCACAGCUUAACUAAGAGAACUCUUGUCAAGAGUCCUCUUCUGUAUGGCUCAAGUCAUGCUAUUGUGAACCUUCAUUUCAGAAGGUCAGAUUAAAACAAGACUAAGUUAACAUACAGCAUUAAAAAUGCUGGCAGUUAGUAAUGAUAUGGGAAUUUUCUGCUAACUGUGCUUCUCAGGUUGAUUAUGCUCAUAGGAGUUCAAACUGGCUUCCAAGAGCCUGAAUAGUCUAGAAAAAAAAUCUAGGAUUAAUGUAGGAAGAAACUCAACUAUCACUUUUCCCACUUGCAAUCAGUAACCUUUUCUAUAAUAUUUUUUCAUAUUCUUAGCAUCCACUAAGUGGGCUUUGGGAUAUGAAGUUUGUUCCUUUAAAUAAGAGAGCUGGAACAGUUUACAGUGCAAUCCUAGAAAGGUUAUUGUAGCUGAUCAAAACUUGAAAAAUUAACUUCUAGCUUACUUUAACAAACUAUGAAAUAUCUCUGCUACUUAUUCAGAGAAAUUCUUGUUACAAUAAUAGGCUAAGAGUUUAGAUUUGCUCAUUACUUCUGUAGAAACAAGACAGCUUAAAAAUACCAUAUUGCUAUGAUUAUUUUGAAAAGAAACUUCCAGAUUCAUUUGGACUGAAUAGAGGAAGUAUCUGCUGAUUUGACUGUACAGUGAGGAGAGCAGGACUGUAAGUUCCUAAUAGUUCAUGGAAGUUUUAUAUUAAAAAAUAAGUGAAGAUGAAUGAGGAAAAAUAUUAACAUUCUUAUGAAGGGCUGAAACAAGGUGGCUUGCACUUUGACUUGAAGUUUAUUUUUUUUCUUUUAUUAUGGAAGUAUUAUUAAAAACAACUUGAGAGAGUAAUUCAGUAAUGGCUAGACAUCUAUAUAGUAGCUUUUUCAUGGGACAGAGAGGAAAAUAUUUUUCAACAGAAAUGAUGAAAAGAGAGAUGUAACUGGGAUACCUAUUGUAAUACUGUUCCACUAUAUUGGUAUUAAUUAAAAAAAAUUAAAUCCACUUUUAGAUCUCUUCCCCCACACUUUCUCUGUAACUUGGCUGCAUAGAUGUCAUGAUUUCUGAAAUGAACAUAAGCUUACUCUAUCCUGCCCCAUUCUCAUGCAUAGGCUUUUUUCUUUUACUAAACCCUUCAUCUAAGAAUGAUAAAGUGCUUAUUUCCUUAAAGCUGCAUCAUUGGAAACAAACAACAGGCAAUCUUAAGAAAAAUCACAGGAUGUUAAGGGGUUGGAAUGGACCUUAACAAUCAUCUAAUCCCAGUGCCCCCUGCCAUGGGCAGGGACACCUCACACUAGACCAGGUUGCUCAAGGCCUUAUCCAACCUGUCUUGGAACACCACCAGGGUCCUACUGAAUAAAUGCAAUUCUUCUUUUCAAAUGUAGUAUUUUGUUUUUAGAGUAGGUAUGAUAUUGUUAAAACCCUUUAGUCAAUCUCUAAUUGACAAGGUGAAGAUGUUUAUAUAACUAGAUGUUUUUCAGAUAUAUAUUCUGUUCUGCUUCUUAAAGCUGAGUUAUAUGGACUAAUAGGAAGAGUGUAACUGUUCAUAAUUUUCCUCUACAUAAAUACUGGUAUGUACAGUUUUAAAGUAUUUCCAAUUAUUAAAUUGCAGUUUGAAGGCUGCAAGAAGCAACAUAAAGCCUUCUGAUGAUAAAAACAAUUAGGACAUCAAAUUUUGCUUUUAGCAGUCAUUUGCACUUUGUUAAUUUCAUAUAUUACAGGCCAAGUUAUGGCAUAACUAGCAAGGAUUGAGAUCUAUGUAUGUUUGUUUGAGUUCCAAGUUACUUUCCCACUUUAUCAUGUAUGACAAAUUAUUAGGAGAGGAGCUUCUGGUGGUGGGAAAAAAAGCUUAUUACUACAAGCCCAAAACCUUAUAUUCAAUGGCUGCUUCAGCUAACCUUGCUUAAAAACCUCAGCUUAGUAAUAGAUACAAACAUGUCACAUUUCAGGUAGGAAUGGUCUGGAAAGUUUAGCUCAGCAUCCAUUUCUCCAGUCCAAAGUUUGUAUGAACAUGCUUGAUGUCAUUCUGUUAAUUUGUACUUGGGGUUUUCAAUUUACCUACAACUUUGCAGCUAGAUAAACGCUGUAUUCUAGAGAAGAGAGAUGGACAUGAAGAAAUACUAUCAUAUUCAGCCUUACAUGAUGCAUGCUUACAAGAUUAGAAAAACUGGUAACAAAUGAUAAAUUUACCAAUGGCCUAGUCUACUAACUAUUUGUAUAUUGUUUUUGUGCCAGGGCACUUAAAACUGUUUCGUGCUGCACUGAAGUUUGAGGAGUAAAUAAGUAUGUUCCAUUUUAAUUUACGUUCAUUUGAAAUAUGUAAGAACAUCAGGCUGGUUCUGAGACUUCAUUCUUUAAUGUUACCCAAAAAUUUUUUUAAUAUCUAUGUUAAAAUUUAUUUCAAGCAUGUAUGUAUUUUUUCUUUUGUGUUUAAUUUAUUCCCUCAAAUAAAGAACUGGGGAAUGUUUUCUUUGAGUAGGUUUGUUUAAAUGGUAUUAAAAAGAUUUGAAUGCAGAGCAUGAUCUGUUACACUUCGGUUCUUCUGUGUGACUAUGUUAUGGCAGCAGAAUAAAACUGGAAAGUAUCCA